GGGAUUAAUAUUUGCCCUCGAUCGGUCCAAUCGUCCUGCGCAGUAGCUGUUCGUGACGUACUUGAUAAUAGUGCGCGCUCUCAAAACAGCGAUAACUGAUUUCAAUAACCUCUUUGGUUCAAGGUUCCUGUAAAGUACUUACAAAUGUCCAUGUACAUGGUGUACAUAGUACAUGUAGGUACAUGUACGUGUACUAACGACACCAACUACGUGUAUUAUGCGACGGCGUAGCAAGGGUGACAAAGGUCAUUGCUGCUCUGCAGGUUUCACAUGACAUCGACGACAAUUUAAUUCACAUCGUUGCCAUCCAGUCUUUGCCCUUCAGUUGAGCAGACCUUAGCCUAAGACAUGGAAAAUGACAACAUCAAGACAGAUUUGCUUCGCAACGAGAUUUCCCCCCAUGAAGACAGUCCUCCUCCGUACAGUACCAACGUGGAAAGCUCUUAUUUAGCGCCCUCCGUCGGUCCACCGCUCCACCAGCCUGCAAGUCCUAGUUCAGCGCCCUCUCUCAGCCAACAGCCACAUCAACAAUUUCACCACCAACAAACUCACGUGCAUCAGUCCGUUCCUCCUUAUCCGCACGGCGUGCAAGUUGUACAGCAGGUCGGGGUAUCGUCUUGUCCAGCUGAUCAAGUAUUUGCUCAAGAAGAAUGCUUCGCGGAGUGUGUCCGCUUUUGGUGGUGCCGCCCCAUCGGCUGGUUGGCGAAAGGAGAGCUGUCAAGGGCCAGGACGCUGUACUUGGCCGGUGAUUACCAAGAAGCGCAAGCGGCAGCUCGGUGCGCGAACGUCUGGAGCACGGUGGGACUUAUCUCGGGUCUAGUCGUGGUUGCCGCUGUGAUCGUUGCCGUGUACUUCAUUGUGGCCUAUGGCAUCAGUUAACUUUAAAACAAGACAUUCGUUUCACUGAGUGCUUAACCCAGUGACCGGUUGCUAGAUGUACACAUCCUGCAUUGACAUGCUGUAGAAAAAUAAAUACAUGUAGAUAAAUAAAAAAAAAAAAAUAGGAAUCUGAUGAUUUCAUCCUGGCAAUGUUAGGUUAAGUACGAUUUUUUUUACGCAUCACGCGAGUCCGACAGUGAAGACAGCAGGCGCAGCGCUCAUUGCAAGCCCCAUUGCGCUGGCACGCUGGCACAAAUAUGACAGACAAGCAAAAUAACCAGGACAAGGCCAGCCCUUCCCCAAUCGGACGAGAGACUGGACACAGGCGCCACCCACCGUAAUGAUUAGCCACCCCAGAUGAAUGCAACUUGCCGCACUGCCAACCAACAAAACCAACUCCCAACCAAUGUGGCGCUUUUCAGCCAAUGAGGGGGUGCUUCUGCUCAAAUGAAAUACCAGCAGCUGUAUACCGUCAAAUCUGCUGAAAGUAUGGUAUAAUGAAAUUUCACAUGCGAUCAUAGCUAACUUAGCUAGCUUAGCUAACUUAAAUGAAUGUUCGGUAGACGAUAUAAUUUAUUGUACUAUAAAUUGGUUUUAUUCAACAGUUCAUACCCAACCAUCGAGAUGAUGAUCGAAAUGUAUGGCUGGUAUUUCAGAACAAACAGAAAUUUAGUUAAUAAUGAGCGCGACAAAUUCACAUGUACAUAUACAUCAAAACUUUUAGAAUGCUACAACAAAAGGUUUUCAGAAUGAGACUAGACCAGUGGAAGAAUUUCUUCAAUAGCAGGCCCAUUUACUGUGCGUAAUUAAAACAAAUUCAUAAUUGUAUACUUGAGAAUUAUUUACAUUAUCAGUUUCAAAAUACUAAAUAUUACGGUUGAUUUUUCUAUCAUGGUGAACUAGUUUAGCCUUUUUUGCAUAGCCUAAGUCCGCUUAAAGAGCGGUACAUGUUUAGAAUAAGAAGGUAUUUUUUUCACGAGCCUGAAUUCUGUAUUUCACAAAAAAUGACAAUUAUUUUUGCUAGAAAAAUCUAAAAUAUUACUCCUCAAGUAAUCGCCAAGAGGAUUCAGAUAUUUUGCUAGCUUUUAAACAAGUUAUUUUAUAUAAAACUGAGGGGUUUGGAACAAAAAAGGUAGUGACUAAAUAGAAAGUACACGUGUAAUUAUUAAUUAGAUAUAAUCGUGUUACCAUAGAAAUAAAAAAAAUUACAAUUUUUAAUCAAAA